AUGAUACCGUCGAAUAUGAACUCACUGAUCGGACUUUUAUUUUUGUCGUACUGCAUCUGUUUGGUGAAAUCGAUCGAGUUGACUUUUGAACUCCAGGACAAAGCAAAGGAUUGUUACUACGAAAACAUACAGAAAAAUACGUCCACCACGCUGGAGUACCAAGUCGUCACUGGUGGUCAAUAUGAUGUCGACGUGAUAAUCGAGUCCCCGACCAAAGAAAUUCUAUACAGACAAGUGAAAUCGCAAUUCGACAGCCAUACCUUUGUAGCAGCAGUUAGUGGACCAUAUGCCAUUUGUUUUAGUAAUGAGUUCUCAACAUUCUCGCACAAGCUCGUAUACAUGGACUUACAAGUUGGCGAGGAAGACCCACUACCCGGUAUAGGAGAGCAAGUGACUGUUAUGACUCAGAUGGAAACAACGUCGCAAGAUAUUCAUGAAUAUUUAAACAAAAUUAUCGACUAUCAAACUCAUCAUAGAUUAAAAGAGGCUCAAAGUCGUAAACGGGCUGAAGAUCUGAAUCACCAUGUAGCGUUAUGGUCAGCUACAGAAACUAUUGCAAUACUAUUAGUCGCCAUUGUGCAAGUAUAUACGUUGAAACGAUUUUUUACAGAAAAAUCCCCUACACAAAUCCCCUACAAGUCAAUGUAUUAA